AAGCUCAAACAAAAACGCGGAAACAAAAGCGAACCCGUUUCGUCUACAAACAAUUAACAUCGAGUCGGGUCAAAGUGAGCUUAGUUACGCCUUGACAGUUGUCGGUUUGACGCCACACUCUCCGCUACCCAACACCGAAGACUUAUCAUGGCUUUGAAAAGAAUAAAGAAGGAAUUGACGGACUUGCAGCGGGACCCUCCUGCUUCGUGUUCGGCUGGACCCGUAGGAGACGACAUGUUCCAUUGGCAGGCCACCAUCGCAGGACCGAAUGACAGCCCAUAUCAUGGAGGGGUUUUCUUCCUAUCUGUCCAUUUCCCCACAGACUAUCCCUUCAAACCACCCAAGGUGGCUUUCACGACAAAAAUCUAUCAUCCAAAUAUAAACAGCAAUGGUAGCAUCUGCCUCGACAUCCUAAGGUCGCAGUGGUCACCUGCCCUUACCGUAUCAAAAGUAUUAUUAUCCAUAUGCUCUUUGCUAUGCGAUCCCAAUCCCGACGACCCAUUAGUCCCUGACAUAGCACACACGUACAAAUCAGACAGACAAAAGUACAACGAAGUCGCCAGAGAAUGGACUAAGAAGUUUGCGAUGUGAAGGCAAGUGAAGUUUCUGCAACAGUCCCCUGGACACCUCAAGUUAAAAAAGAAAAGUACUUUAGUCACGCUGGUUCUUGUCUGUGCUGGGAGCACUUUCACUACUCAAACUUGACCUGACCCAAUUGUUCUCAACUGUUAAGUUUAUUCUGAUUUCAUUAAAUUGGAAUUCUUUUUUUUAUUAUGUUAUUAGCAAUGAUGAUGAUAAUACCUCUUUUUAUUUUACUUUUAAGAGAUUUAUAUUGAAUAAAACUAUGCUCAUUUUACUUUGCAUUAAACGCAUGGAAAUUUGAGUUGGAUUUGAUUUUGUUGCGGUAAGAAAAGCACGCCCAUCAGUUCCUGCAUGUCAGUUAUAACUUUGGUGAGCACUAGGGGGCAGCCUCAACUUUUUUUGCACAUGCCUUGAGGGCCUUGCAAAUUCACUCCAGUACAAAAUAGCCUUUGUGUUGAUGAAAUAUUUGUCAGAAAUUAUGUUCUACGUUCAUUAGAGCAUAAGGUUAUUGAAUUGUUUUGCUAUCGCUGUAUAUAAAGUUAUGUCUGUUCAA